CCGCGCCCAGAGGCCCUGCCGCUCCCUCCUCGCCUCCUCAGCGCCGGAAUCCCGCCAUAAGCAGGCGCAGUGGCCUGAGGCGCUCCGAGGCGGCGCAGGAAGGGGAGGCGGAGGCCGCUGGAGAGGAAAGGCCACCCUUCUCCCUCCUCCCUCGGUCCCGCCUCCUGAGGGCCUUGAAAUAGGCCCGGCGAGGGCGGCUCAGAGCUGCACGCCCGCCCGCUUGGUUGCUCUUCCUCCUGCUCUGAGAAGACAUUGGGACCACGAACUACCAUGUUUGAAAUCAAGAAGAUCUGCUGCAUUGGGGCUGGUUAUGUAGGUGGGCCAACAUGUAGCGUCAUUGCUCAUAUGUGCCCAAAGAUUAAGGUCACGGUGGUUGAUGUCAACGAAUCUAGGAUCAAUGCCUGGAAUUCUGAUACACUUCCAAUUUAUGAGCCAGGACUAAAAGAAGUGGUUGAAUCCUGCCGAGGCCAGAACCUCUUUUUUUCUACCAACAUAGAUGAUGCUAUUAAAGAUGCGGAUCUUGUGUUUAUUUCUGUUAAUACACCAACAAAGACCUAUGGAAUGGGAAAAGGCCGUGCAGCAGAUCUUAAAUACAUUGAGGCUUGUGCGAGGCGGAUUGUACAAAAUUCAAACGGUUAUAAAAUUGUGACUGAGAAAAGCACUGUCCCUGUCCGUGCUGCUGAGAGCAUUCGCCGCAUCUUUGAUGCCAAUACAAAACCCAACUUAAAUUUGCAGGUUUUAUCCAAUCCGGAAUUCUUAGCAGAAGGUACAGCAAUCAAAGACCUAAAAAACCCAGACCGAGUAUUGAUCGGUGGUGAUGAGACUCCCGAGGGCCAAAAAGCUGUCCGUGCCCUGUGCGCUGUUUAUGAGCAGUGGGUGCCCAAAGAGAAAAUCCUUACCACAAAUACCUGGUCGUCUGAACUUUCCAAACUGGCAGCUAAUGCUUUCCUUGCUCAAAGGAUUAGCAGCAUCAACUCCAUAAGUGCCCUUUGUGAAGCAACAGGUGCUGAUGUCGAAGAGGUUGCAAGAGCCAUUGGAAUGGACCAAAGAAUCGGAAAUAAAUUUCUGAAAGCUAGUGUCGGAUUUGGUGGCAGCUGUUUCCAAAAAGAUGUUCUGAAUCUGGUUUAUCUUUGCGAGGCUUUGAAUUUGCCAGAAGUAGCUCGUUACUGGCAACAGGUGAUAGAUAUGAAUGACUAUCAGAGAAGAAGAUUUGCAUCUCGAAUAAUUGACAGCUUGUUUAACACUGUCACAGACAAGAAGAUUGCUAUUUUGGGAUUUGCAUUCAAAAAAGACACAGGAGACACAAGAGAGUCUUCUAGCAUCUAUAUCAGCAAGUAUUUAAUGGAUGAAGGUGCAAAGCUUCAUAUCUAUGACCCUAAAGUAGUACGGGAACAAAUCAUUCUGGAUCUUUCUCAUCCGGGUGUAUGUGAGGAUGAUCAAGUGUCUCGAUUGGUUACCAUAAGUACAGACCCCUAUGAAGCCUGUGAUGGAGCCCAUGCCCUUGUUAUCUGCACAGAGUGGGACAUGUUUAAGGAAUUGGAUUAUGAGCGCAUUCAUAAAAAAAUGCUGAAACCAGCAUUCAUCUUUGAUGGCAGGCGGGUCCUUGAUGGUCUCCAUAACGAGCUGCAAGUCAUUGGCUUCCAGAUUGAAACAAUUGGGAAGAAGGUAUCUGCAAGAAGAAUUCCAUUUGCAUCUUCAUCUGAUAUACCAAAGUUCAGCCUGCAAGAUCCCCCGCUCAAGAAGCCAAGAGUAUAAGUUUUAUUUAGUGUGUAAGGAUAGUAACAAAUACAGCCAUGUGAACUAUAAACCAGCAUGAUUCGGCAGGGGAAAAUGAGCACAGUUAAGUACGGAAGUACUUUUUAUAUCAAUGGAAGAAUGAGAUGUGUGCUUAUAUGUCCCACAUUGAAAUCAAUAUAACUAAGCUGUGCUUAACUCUGGCUGCAUUGUGCUCAGUGUUUCCUAACUUUCACACGAGUAGUAUGAUUGUAUCUGGGACAUUUCAAUCCAGAAUUUUAUAAUCUAUUUUUAUAUCAUUGAAGUAAUAAAUGGUACAGUUGAUUGAUUUUCAUAAUGAUUUUUAUAUUUAAAAAACCAUCCGCUUCAAAUUUCAAGGCUUCUACUACGAAAGGUUGACAAACUGCACUUUAGCAUUUUUAUGGCACAUUUUCGAAUCGAAAAAACUCAUAGGAUCUCCCCAUUCUUUUUAAUAUUCUUAUACUACGAAGCAUUGUUAUUGUUGAAACUUUUAAUUUGACUCUCAUUGGGGCGAGGGCAAGUUAACGAAGGACCAUUUGUUCUGUUAAUAAAUGAAUGCCAGAGUUUAAUUGUAUGUUUGUAGUUACUAGGGUGAAAAACCACCUGUAACUCUACUCACGUUGGAAGGCAGCUCAAAACAAGCUGGUUUUCAAGGCUUUUGGGGAGAUAGGCUACAUUACAGUUUAAAGAAGAUUCAUGUCAUGUUUUUGCAAAAGAACAACUUCAGUUUGAGAUACGAGGGCAAUCCACAAAGUUAAUUACGUUUUGGAAUUAAAAAUUAACAACGUAUAGGAAUAAAUAUUAUUAUAUUAACUUUGUGAAUUGCCCUCGUAAAUGAAUAGGUUCUUUGGUAGCUAGGAAUCAGCCACUUCCUGAAGAAUUGGCUUUAAUGUCCCUGAGUUUGCUUCCUCGCAGAGGGAAGGCAAGUGGGUAAAAAUGUCAGAUUCUUUUUCAAAUCAUCAGAUGGAAAGUAUAGUUGAUAUUUUGGCAAUUAAGCUAGGGAUAUCAGGGAGAAUGGUCCUGUCCCCAAAGUUAGUGGUUGUACAGGUUGUUAGGAUAAGAAUCUGGUCUGCUGGCUCGAACCAGCCUUCUCCGCACUCUAAUGUAUGGAUUUGUUCCUGAUCACUACUUUAACAGAUUAACAGUGCAAUACAAUCUGUUUGCACACUGGGACACAUAUGUCUCAGUGUGCAAACAGAUAUGUUUCAGUGUGUUCAGUGGGGCUUACCGCUAUGAAAAUGGAUGUAGGACAUAAAUAUGAGAACUGGAUUAAAUCAUUUCUAGAUUUCUGUAGUGACUCUGAAACAUUAGCCUGACCUAUCUGAUUACACUUUUCCUAAUUUUUCUCUCCUUCUUAAGAUAUGCACAAUAUGUCUUAUCAAACUUGUUUCAUAGGAACUGUUACUUUUAAACAGAGAGCUGCCAAAGUCUUUGCUUCUUCUCUGCUACCAGGGUCCUGAGCCAGAAACUGGCAUUCCCAUAAAUUCAAUGUGAAUAGGUAACUUAAUUCCCACCGUGCCAUUGACUAUGCUGCCUAAGGCUACACAUUCCCCCCAAAGCAAGAUCGAUAUUUGACAUUGAACUUUUUUCUGAAUGAAGCAAUGACAUAUUUUGGACCAUCGCACAAUCGUCGUUUGCUCACUGCUAUACUGAAGCUCUGAGUUGAUGUUCAAUGUUAUAGAAGGAAUUGUUCUGUAUCUUUAGCAGAACAAAACUUUGUCAUAUUAAUAAGGUUGCUACCUCACUAUAAUUACAGAAAUUGUUUUUUAAGAUCAUUGGUAUUCAUCAUCUGUGUUCAGCAUUAUUUUUUCCAUGUACUAAUAUGUUUAAUUAAAAUCUUUUUUGAGAUAACAA